AUGAUCGUAGGGGGCACAGCUGCAGCCGGAUCUUCCAAGAAAGCCCGUAAAACCUACCUCGGGAUGAUCCAUAGCAUCCAACUCACAGGAUCCGCACCAAAGAUGCCACGAAUCAAUAACCCCGUAAUAGGAUUUUCAGAGGAUGUCGCUCGGAGACUUCACCAUCCUCAUGAUGACGCACUGGUGGUUAGCUUGCAAAUCGGGGAUUAUAACAUGCAUCGGGUCCUCGUCGAUAACGGCAGUUCAGCAGACAUCCUGUACUAUCCAGCAUUUCAGCAAAUGAGAAUUGAUAAGGAAUGGUUGGCCCUAACGAAUGCCCCACUCAUGGGAUUUGGGGGAACGAAGGUGUUCCCCUUGGGCGCAAUAAUACUAGUUGUAACGGCGGGCGACUAUACUCAGCAGAUCACAAAGGAAGUAACGUUUCUCGUAGUUGACUUCUCCUCCGCUUACAACGCCAUCCUCGGGCGACCCACUCUCAAUUCCUGGAAGGCGGUAACUUCAACAUACCACCUAAUGAUCAAAUUCCCGACGAAAUACAGGGUGGGAGAACUACAGGGAAAUCAAAUAGCAGCACGAGAAUGCUAUAUUGCCAUGUUAGAAAUGGAGGAUUAG